UAAUCCUUAAGAUGUGUGUGCAGCCCCUAUAUACUACAGGGUCCAGUAUGCAAUGCUCCAUCUUGAUCAGAAUAAUUUGUUACUGUGGCAUUUAGUCUUCACAGGCUUCCCUGGUAUAUUAAGGAUGAGGAUGGCUGCAGUGUGUGCUCCAUCUCACGUAAACUUGAUGCAGCUCUUUGGUCCCUUUCCAGCUCUCGAGAUCUUACUGGGGCAAAGAUUGGGCAGUGAAGCAGAACGGAGUAAGAGGCUUCUUAGAACAAGGAUCCUUGCCAUCAGAGUAUCCGCACUUGAUGUGAAGACACCAGAGGAGCUCUUUGUGGAGAAUGGGACAGAAGCAAGACUUCCAUGCACAUUUUCAUCCCGAGAUGUGAUCAGCAGCGCAGCGUCCAUCUCCUGGAGCUUCCAACCAGAGGGAGCAACAACUCCUAUAUCAUUCUUCUAUUACUCUCAAGGGAACGCAUACCCUGGGAAGGACACACCAUUUAAGAACAGAAUCAGUUGGGCUGGAGACCUUAACAAGAAAGAUGCAUCUGUCAGCAUAGCAAACGUGCAGUUCCGGGACAACGGCACUUACUUCUGCGAUGUCAAGAACCCACCUGACAUAGUUGUCAAGCCAGGAGAAAUCCGACUUAGAGUCGUGCAGAGAGACAAUCUACCUGCGUUCCCCACUGGCAUGGUGGUAGCGAUAGCCAUUGGUGUGACUCUAGUUGUCUUGCUGCUCAUCGCGAUUAUCGUGUGUGUCGUCAGAAAGAAGAACUCUAAAAAGCAUUACUCUGGCUGCAGUACCUCUGAGAGCUUGAUGUCGCCAGUUAAGCAGGCUCCACGGAAGUCCCCCUCCGACACAGAGGGUUUGGUAAACCACGUGCCCGCCAGAUUGCACCAGGGCCCAGUAAUUUAUGCGCAAUUGGAUCAUUCCGGUGGGCAACACAGCGACAAGAUUAACAAGUCGGAAUCCGUGGUUUAUGCUGACAUUCGGAAGAACUGAGGAGAUCCCACCGUAUCCAAAGCAAAACAAAAAUUCAAACUGGAAUGGCUUGAAUCAAAUGUGACCCAGAGAACUCACAUGUGGCCUUUGAUGCCUAGGCUAGGACCAAUGCAUGUGAAUACAGAGAGAUAUAUGUGUUGUGUGUGUAAAUAGUCUAUUUAAUCGUACAGAAGUGAGACCAGUGUUGCAUGUUGAGAUGCAGUAAGAAUUCUGCUUAUAAAUGGCCAAUAUUCUUUUUUGUAUCUAGGAUAAGGGGAGAAAAAGUGAAAAUACAUAACAUGGCAAUUUUAAAGUAUUUUUUUGUCUCAAUCAUUAAUGGGGAAACUGGAGGGUGCUAGGGGAUUCUAGAUUUACCUGAUCAUUUUUCAACAGGGUUUUCCUUUUUUGAAGGGAUGGAUAUGAGGAAGGUAGUUUCUAUAGGAUAUUUCCUCUUCUCCAAUCUAUACAAAUUGACUGCCACCUCAUCUUACUUAUACAAUUAGACCUCUUUGCUCAGAAAAACCCUCCCAUCUGCAUGGGAGAAGGAAGAGCUAAGUUAUAAAGGAUCUGGUAAAUUUUAGCCAUUUGAAAUGUCUACCCUUCACCCCUUUAAAUGUAUGAGA